CCCCCCCCCCGCUUUAGCAGAUACACUAGCCAACCCAGGGAGGUGGAGAGAGACCUGCUCCAAGGAAACAGAGUGGCCAGAUAGAACAAAUAAAAAGACCAGAUGUCCAAUUAAAUUGGGGUUUUAGAUAGAAAUAACCAAUAAUUCUUACAGCAUAAGUAUAUCUCAUGUGAUCUUUAGGACUUACUUAUACCAAGAAAAAGUGUCUGAAAUAUACAUUUAAGGGAGCUCCUAUAUUUUAUCUGCCAGCCCUGUGAAGAGGUGGAAAGGACCUUAGGAGUUGAGCGCUGGGCUGUUGUGUGAGAUUCAGCCCACUUUGAAGCGAGAGAAACUGAGAUCCAGAGCAGGCUGAGGCUUGUUAAUUGACAGAGCUAAGGCGGGAGCCAAGACCUGGACUCCCAUCCCUCUUACUCAGUGGGCUGCCCUGGGAGGCCAGGCCUGGUGUCGCCCCCACCCCACAGCUCAGCAGAGCUGCCCUGGCCCCUCUGCCAGGUGCCUGCUGCAAGCCACAAAUCACGGGGUGCGAGGGGCUCAUCCUGCUUGGCCUCCCCUCCACCAUCCCUCUCCUGCUGCUCUGCCCAUGCUCAUCUCCUCGGCUUGGGGCUAAGACUUCCUCACACAGGAGGAUCUGCACGGAGUGAAUUUUCACAGUUGGGUUAUCACCUCCUAAAAAUAGGGCUGAAUGAUGGAUGGGAGCUGUCGCCAGGCCCUUGAGCUACGGGGCAUGGGAGUGAGGGAGGGGGAUGGGCCAGGGUGAAGGGUCCAUAGACACCCUGGCCAGGGCCGUCAAUCCCAGGGUGACUCCCUGGCCCCGUGUGGGCCUUAACCCACCUUCCCUGGCAGUGAGGAAGCUGCUGUGUGCUUGAGGUCUUCAGAGCUGAGUCUGAGCCUCUGGGAGGAGCCACCUGGACAACACCAGGCCAAGCGAUUCAUCUGCACAACUGGUGCCCCUGCCGAGCAGCCAAGAGGGUCUGAAUUCAGGUAGGGGUGCGGCCAUGCCUGGGAAUCAAGGACCUUGUCAUAAGGCUGCCCUGCCUGCUCCCUUCCCCAGCUGUGUCCUGUUCUUCAUUGUUUUAGCUUCUUGGCUUUCUCUCUCUCUCUCUUUUUUUUUUAAUAUUUUAUUUAUUCAUGAGAGACAGAGACACUGAGAGAAGCAGAGACACAGGCAGAGGGAGAAGCAGGCUCCAUGCAGGGAGCCUGAUGUGGGACUCGAUCCUGGGUCCCCAGGAUCACACCCCGGGCCAAAGGCAGGUGCCAAACCACUUAGCCACCCGGGAAUCCCCUAGCUUCUUGGCUCUUAAAGACUCAUCAGUCUGGCUUCAGGAUUCAGGUUGUUGAGAAUCUGUAGAGACGUGGCUGGGCUUCAGGCUGCAGAUGGGAAGGUGGGGGGCACGGGGGCUCCUUGCCUUCCACACACAUACAUACACACUCAGCCCAGGCAGUGAUGGACACACAGACACACACCUCUCUCCCUUGGUCUGUGGAGACACUAAUAUUUAAGCAUGGGUCUGGGUGUCAGGACUCCAGGUGGUGUCCCUGUUCAUCACUGCAGUCACCUAGCACUGGGCCAGCCUUCCUGAGGGAGGACCCCAACACCCCAUAGCAGGCUUGGGCCUCUGGCUGCCCAGGAGCCCAAGAAGGCUGCUGCUCAGCCAGUUGAGCCAAGAGCUUCCGGAGGCAGUGGAUGAGCUACAAGAGACCAUUCUGGCUCCGAUGGUGGCAACAGCAUGUAUGUUUAGACCCUCAGCACUUCUGAGGAUUGUGGCUAAAGCUGGCUGAGCCUCUGUGGGCCUGUGCCUGGCCUCCUUCUCCCAGGUUCUCCUCAGCUGGGGUCCCAGGGACUCCCUCCACACUCCAGGCCUGGGAGGUCCCCUGUUGUCUCUGGGAGGGGCCUGUCCCACAGUCAUGCCUGCAAGUCCUCAGGUUAGCACAGAACACCCUCCAGGUGUGCCCAGUGACAGUCCUCCCCUUGCCUCCUCAUGCUCUGUGCACUGCCCAGCCACAGAUGCCAAAAAGACACCGCCCCCCAGGAGAUAGGCAUACUGCUCUGCACAUGUCCGAGAUGUGUGACCCUUGGCCUUGGUCCCUUCUCCAGCCCAAAGCCCGCCCCACCCUGUCCCAUCUGCAUCUGUUGGCCAAUACUCUCUGGGGGUGAGGCGUCCUCGGAAUUACGAUAUUAAAUGCAGCUGCACCGAAACAUGGCCUCAAUCCAAUUAUGCCAGGAAACAAGAGGAGCCGCUUAGGCUAAUCCGGUUAUUCCGCCCCGGCUUCCCUUGGCAGCCCCGUAGGGAUGCCCAGGAGGAGCAGCCGUCUGGGUGGGCAGCAGCAGGACCGAAUGCCUGUCCCACUGCGAUCUGCCAGGUGCACACAGCUCCUGCUGGCAGGGAAGCCAUGGGGCCGUGGAGAUGCUUCUUGGCUCCCAGCCGGGUGGGAGAAUCCAUCGAUCAUCCUACAAAUGCUUCCUGAGCUCGGAGCUUCCAAGUGCCCCGGCCUCAUCUGGACAGGGGAACCUGGCACUGAGGGGAGAGCCGAGGCUCUGCCCUCAGGGAGGGUACCUGGAGCCGGGGAGACAGGCCAAGAGUAAAGCCGAAGGUGGUUUCAGAUCAGUGAUGGCAGGGAGGGAGAAGCCCAAGAGCGGGUGACACGGAAGCCAAAGCCCAGGCCAGCCAUGGGGGGCUGUCUGGCAGAGAGAAAAGCAAGAGCCCAGGGUGGGGAAGGAUCGGGCAGGCUCCGAACGGAUGGGGGACCGAGAGAUCGAGUGCAGGCUGGGAGGGAGCGCAGCUCUGCUCUCGGGAGGUGGAUGGGUCUGGGCUGUGGCAUGGGGGUGGCACGGCUAGCCCCAAGCAGGGGAGGGUCAGGGCAGGGUGGGAGCUGCAGGUGGACAGGACAGAAGUUGUACCGAAAGGAUUUAUUUCCUGGUGACCAUGUUGGGGAUGAGGGUGUGGGAGGCCCCACAGCCUCUCCUUGCUCCCACCAAAAAAGCCUGGCAGUCCUUGCAGUGCUUUGUGAUCACGGGGGCUCGCCCACCACUGGUGGGUACCUUGGAGCACUGCGGAGGCCUGAGGCUAACAGACUGGCUCUGCCCUCCGGAGGUUGCACUUCAGGGAGGAGACAGAUCUGGAGCAAGAGCUUACCCAUCUGCAGGAAGGGGAGAACUAUGGGGAGGUUGUGCAGGGGCAAAAUCCAGGCCAGGCUGGGGCGAGGGGGAUCGGGCAUAAGAAGAGGGCGGGGGGCAGUACAUUCAAAGGCGGGGAGGGGUUAGAGUGUGGCUGUCCCACCCAGACCACUGAGGACCACUGAGACCCCGGAACAGGCAAGCAGGAAGCAGGAGCUGAGAGCUGGGGCUCCAGGUGGGUGUUAGGGCUGCUCAUAGAGCCAGGUGUGGGUGGCCUGGGUCAGAGCAACUGCAGGACUCCCAGAGGAGGGCAGAACAGGAGCAUGGUGUGCUCAUCAGCCCGGUCACAGCACACAGCCUGUGGGGGGCACCCCACGGGGCUCCCCAACUCUCCCCAAGUCCCCACACCAACAUUACCACAGUCUGCUUAAGGUCUACACUUAAUGAUUCUUCUCCACUCAGUUGCCAUGAAUCUGUUGAUCCCAGGGUGUCCUGCCUGUUGGGGACUCAGGGACAUCACAACACAGGGGUCCUGGAGUCUGAGCUGUACGGGUGUGGACUGUGUCUGGUGUUCACCGGGGCCUCAUGCUUCUCCCCUUGAGCCCAGCAGGAGAGGGGGUGGCCCAAGCCUGUUCCUGGGUGGAAGUUGGCAGCUCAGCACCCCUGACCUCAAGGUCCCAAGCCAGUUGGACAGGGCUGUGCUUCUCCCCAUCUGCCUCCUCAAGCAGCUGAGAAGCCAGAAAGAGGCACAGGGUCCGUUCUCCCCAACUCACAGAUGGGAAGAUUUGAGGCCAUAGUCCCAGGGGCUACUUGAGGAGGAGCUGGGGCCCGCAGUGGGGAGUUGUACAUCUCACCGGACUCCAGGCCCUCUCCUGGGCACCACUUUCCACGUGGUGUGUUAAUGGCUGUGCAGUCCCCAUAGCUGUGUCAACAAAUCAACCAUCCACAGAGUCGGCACCACCUCCCAGAAACAGAUUAUAAAGUGGGAGCUCCUUGGGGUCCCGGGCUGGAGCCGAGGGGCUGGGGGCAGGAAUGGGUGGGGAUCUCUGCCUGCCAUGUGCACCCCCCCAGAGGGGUCUGGCCAGCCUGUGGAUCAGGGGAGCUGUGCUCAUCUCCCCAGGCCCCUCCUGGCUGUCAGACCUGGAGCCCCCUCUGGGAGGAAGAUGAUUUGGGAAGACAGCAUGGAGGGCUGGGAACAGGUGAUGGUGGGAGGAAGCCAGGCCCUGCUCAGUGCAGGCUGAAGUGAUAAUUGGGGCUUGGGGGCAAUGGGGAGCUGGGCCAAGUGACUAAAACGCUGGGCUGGGGCCGAGAGCCAGUCCUGGGGAGUGAAAGAAGGCCAAGAAAAUCAGAGCUCAAGGCCAAAGUGGGGUUCACGUUCAGGUGAGAUGCAGGGGCCAAGGGCUGAAGUGUGCCCUCUGGGUGUGGGCACUAGGUGGGAGGGGGAGGGUCCCCGGCCUGGAACCCUAGACCUCAGCUAUUCUCCACCCUGUAGGCUCUGGGCACCCCAUGCAGGGCAGGUGGGGGCUUAGGGUGUCCCAGGGGCUAGCUGCCCCUUUGAGAGGAGUCUGGGGGGUUCCUGGACCUGGGCAUCUGAGAAGGUUGAAGACCCCCCACCUCGCCCAGGCCUUCUUCCCUCAGCUCGGAUUCUACCAGGACCCAGAAAGCACCAGCACUCAGAGAGGGGCCAUGCUGCGCCCUCCACCGGGCACUGCUUUCCUCCCCUACCCCAGCUGUCCUCAGCCCGACUUCUCUCCCUUUAUCUUCUCUCCUAGAUGCGAUAGCUCCAUGUGCUAUUUGCACCUCCAAGCACUGAGUGCCGGCUCCACUUCCCUGGCAUCUUCCCAUUCACGAGCCUCUGGACAGCAUCAGUAUCCUGGCUGACAGGUGAGGAGGCAGGGAGUGGGUGAGCAGAACUCUUUUUUGGACAGACAAGACCAGGGGGUGAAGCGGGACUAACUUGUCCCUCCCCAACCCGCCUCCCGAGCAAGAAAACCUUUUCAACAAACAGGAGAAGCCAAGCAGGACUGAGCACGCCCCCCACCACCCCCCACCCCCGAACAUCUUUCCAAAGAGAGGCCUGACAGCUCAGUGGCGCAUGUCAGCAGCUCCAGCCCCCGUGAACGUCUGAACUCCUCAGCGGGGUAAUGGACCCCCUCCCUCCUCCCCACCGGAGACACAGCCUGAGUGGCAGGAAUACAGAUUCUUUGGAGAGUGGCUCCCCCUCAGCUCUGUCACGCAAGAACGCUCUCUGCACCGGAGCCCAUUCUGCCAAGUGACUUCAAGGGAUUAAAAAAAAAAAAAAAAAAAAAAAAACUUGGUGAAGAAAAGAGGGUAAAAGACACGCAGAAGCCUUUCAGAGGAGGUGGCCAACAGACAAAAGGGCAAAAGUUGAAAGAGGACAGUGAGAGGCCACCUGGGCAGGAUGGACCCCAGGCUCUAGGGCAUGCCUGGGGAGCAGGGGCCCAGAACCCCUUCAGGCUGCACGCAGGAGGCCCUGGCCUGCAGGGAGUGCCUCUACGGGCCCCUCGUGCCCACCCCUCACUCCAGGGGCAGAGGCCAGCUGUGCCUGAAGCCUACCGGACAGAGCAUGCGACGCCAGCCCUGCAGCCACGUGUGAGCUCCAGGAGCCCGGCAGAGCAGAGCACAGCGGGGGUCUUCCCCGCUCCCCGGGGGGGAGCCCCUAGCUCCACCCAAUACUCCAGCUCUGCAGCCUGCCCCUGAGUGCCGGGGCCACAGGGUCGGAAUGUGAGUGUCUUCAGGUCCACCUCAAGUGGAAGCAUCCAGAACAGAGACCCCAGCAGGCUCCGGGGCUGCAGCUCAGGAGGUGUUGAGACUCCAGAUCAGGCGGGGCCCGGCUCCCCCCAGCCAUCCACCAUGGUGGUGGCACACCCAGCCACCACCGCCACUACCACACCCAUUGCCACUGUCACAGCCACUGUCAUGAUGACCACGGCCACCAUGGACCUGCGGGACUGGCUUUUCCUCUGCUACGGGCUCAUCGCCUUCCUGACGGAGGUCAUCGACAGCACCACCUGCCCCUCAGUGUGCCGCUGUGACAAUGGCUUCAUCUACUGCAACGACCGGGGACUUACCUCCAUCCCUGCUGACAUCCCCGACGACGCCACCACCCUCUACCUGCAGAACAACCAGAUCAACAAUGCUGGCAUCCCCCAGGACCUCAAGACCAAGGUCAAUGUGCAGGUCAUCUACCUGUACGAGAAUGACCUGGACGAGUUCCCAGUCAACCUGCCCCGCUCCCUGCGGGAGCUGCACCUACAGGACAACAACGUGCGCACAAUUGCCAGGGACUCACUGGCCCGCAUCCCACUGCUAGAGAAGCUGCAUCUGGAUGACAACUCUGUGUCCACCGUCAGCAUCGAAGAGGAUGCCUUUGCCGACAGCAAGCAGCUCAAACUGCUCUUCCUGAGCCGGAACCACCUGAGCAGCAUCCCCUCGGGACUGCCCCGCACGCUGGAGGAGCUGCGGCUGGAUGACAACCGCAUCUCCACCAUCCCGCUUCACGCCUUCAAGGGCCUCAACAGCCUCCGGCGCCUGGUGCUCGAUGGCAACCUGCUAGCCAACCAGCGCAUUGCCGACGACACAUUCAGCCGCCUGCAAAACCUCACCGAGCUGUCACUGGUGCGCAACUCACUGGCCGCCCCACCCCUGAACCUGCCCAGCGCCCACCUGCAGAAGCUGUACCUGCAGGACAACGCCAUUAGCCACAUCCCCUACAACACGCUAGCCAAGAUGCGCGAGCUGGAACGCCUGGACCUGUCCAACAACAACCUCACCACGUUGCCCCGCGGCCUGUUCGAUGACCUGGAGAACCUGGCGCAGCUGCUACUGAGGAACAACCCCUGGUUCUGCGGCUGUAACCUCAUGUGGCUGCGGGACUGGGUGCAGGCGCGGGCGGCCGUGGUCAAUGUGCGCGGCCUCAUGUGCCAGGGCCCCGAGAAGGUCCGCGGCAUGGCCAUCAGGGACAUCACCAGUGAGAUGGAUGAGUGCUUCGAGACGGGCUCCCAGGGGGGCGCAGCCAACGCGGCUGCCAAGACCACGGCCAGCAACCAUGCCUCUGCCACCACACCCCAGGGCUCGCUCUUCACCCUCAAGGCCAAGAGGCCGGGGCUACACCUCCCUGACUCCAGCCUCGACUACCCCAUGGCCACAGGCGAGGGCGCCAAGACCCUGGCCAUCCACGUGAAGCCGCUGACGGCAGACUCCAUCCGCAUCACAUGGAAGGCCACACUGCCCGCCUCCUCCUUCCGGCUCAGCUGGCUCCGCCUGGGCCACAGCCCUGCUGUGGGCUCCAUCACGGAGACACUGGUGCAGGGGGAUAAGACAGAGUACCUGUUGACAGCGCUAGAGCCCAAGUCCACCUACAUCAUCUGCAUGGUCACCAUGGAGACCGGCAACGCCUACGUGGCCGACGAGACGCCCGUGUGUGCCAAGGCGGAGACGGCAGACAGCCACGGCCCCACUACUACCCUUAACCAGGAGCAGAAUGCGGAUGCCAUGGCGGGCCUGCCCCUGGCAGGCAUCAUUGGUGGUGCUGUGGCCCUCGUAUUCCUCUUCCUGGUCCUGGGGGCCAUCUGCUGGUACGUGCACCGGGCCGGCGAGCUGCUGACCCGAGAUCGGGCCUACAAUCGGGGCAGCCGGAAAAAGGAUGACUAUAUGGAGUCAGGAACCAAGAAGGAUAAUUCCAUCCUGGAAAUCCGGGGCCCCGGGCUGCAGAUGCUGCCCAUCAACCCUUACCGCGUCAAAGAGGAGUACGUGGUCCAUACCAUCUUCCCCUCCAAUGGCAGCAGCCUCUGUAAGGGCACACACACCAUCGGCUACGGCACCACGCGGGGCUACCGGGAUGGGGGCAUCCCUGACAUAGACUACACCUACACAUGAUGCCAGCCACGAGGGCCACCUCUGCCCCAGCUCCCGCCGCCUCCUCCCAGCGUGGCGACGCCGUGGCUUUGCCCAGCCCGCUGCCAUCCCAUAGAGCAAGGAAGAGAAAUUCCAUGAUGACUUUCUCAGCAGAAAGCAAAGUUUGGGAAGGGUUGAUGAUUUUAUAGAACACGACAGUGAAAAAAAAAAUUUUUUUUUUAAGAAUAGAAGGUAGGAGGGGGAUUUGACGUUGCUGAAGACAUAAUUUAUACCAAAUUAUGCCAGUUGGGGAGGGAAGAACUAAAAAUAAUAUGGCAGGAAGGGUUGGAUCAGUUUUUUUUUUUUUCCCUGAACUGGAAAGAUACUACCUGUACAGCAUCUGUGUACGCCUCAUGCUCUGUUUAGGGCCGUCACAAAAGAGCCGUCAGAGAGAACAGCCACCACUCGAAGCCCCCACGCAGCUCUCGCUCGCUGCCAGCUUCUCGCUGGCGACAACCACCGACAACGACAUGAUGGAAGGUUUUCAGGCUCCUCACAAAGGAGAAAGGGAAGAAAAAGAUCUUUUGCUAUGGAGAUAGUGUCCUGAAACCUCUUCCCCGUUCUUUCCAUAGCAUUUCCCUUACAGAUUUGCAGAAAGAGCACGCCUUUCAUUGCAUUCUUUGAACAAUGGUGUAGUCAAUUAAAAAAGCAAACUUUCUUUUUCCUAUACCAAAACCCUCGUCAGUUCCAUGCACCGCACUCAGCACUCGGUGGAAGCCCCAGGGGAGCUGCGGUUUCCCAGCCACUCGGAGGUGCAUCUACCUCCCUGUUGAUCUCUAUGUCGUGUCUCUCAAUACAGAUGGGUAGAUAGAGCCACAUAUACGGUCCUUUCUACUUCUUGGGUCAGUUCAUACAAUUUCCUGAGACAAUAGAGUCAUGAAAAUGUUGCUUUCUCCUAGAAAUCACUGAGUAAGUAGUCAAAGCGUGUUGGGGGAGGGUUUGGGAUGGGGGACAAUGCUGUUUGUAAAGGCACAGGUGUCUCUGUCCCAGUCGGGUGGCCAGGGAGACCCCGGGAAGGGGGUGCUCUCAGCUCAACCCUAUCUCAGGUUGGCCAGAGCUGGGCCAGAAUCCUUUCUGAUACAGAGAAAAGCUUUCUUUGACUGCCGAUGUCCUUGUGUCUCUCCCCGCCACCCUCCAACUCCCAACACACAGAUGCAGUCACCUCAGCAGUGACUUUCUGUUUCCUCUGUGCUGUAUGCUUCCUCCCGGGACAGGUAAUUGGCACAGGGACUUUUUUUUUUUAAAUCAGCUGAUUAGACCUAAUGGUUUCCAUGGCUGCUUAAACAAAGCCCAGAAAAAGACAUGAAAAUUCUCAGAAGAGCCCUGGGAGACAGCAGCAGCCCCCCAAACGCAGAGCACUCGGCCGCACCCGCCCCUGGCACUCUGCUCUGGAGAGGGAAGACCAGACCUCCAGAGAUGCCAGCUCCAAAAGGGUACUGACCAGUGCCCUCAGGAGAAUCCUGGUUUUAUUUCCUCCCCCUGGAACCCGUGUGGCCAUCAUUUAUCAGCUGGCAGUGUGGUGUGGUGGGCCAUGAGAUUAAAACAAUAAUGAAAGGAUGACAGCAAAGCUGGAAGGAAGGGAGGAGUGGUGCCUGGGGUUCCGUGGUCUCCUGCAUCCCUGGCCCUCGGGGAGCUUGGGCCACCACCCAUCAACGUGCCACCAGUGUGGCACCAGGGAAGAGCAUGUCAGAGACACUGGCCCGAGGGCAGGGGAGGUCAAGAAGGCAGCUGGCUUCUGGUGGUGGUUUCAAAGGCCUCAAAAGCUUUGCCAAAAGCCGAAGUCUGGAAGCAUAUGCUGGCCAGAGGUCACAGGGCUGCCAGGACAGGCAUGAAAAGAUGUGAUGGCCCCUUCAGGGAAUGGCGGGGUCGAAAGGAAUAGCCACAGGACUGUGCAAGUAGGGUGGAGAAGAGGCACCCCCCAUCCUCCAACGGGAACCUGGCUCCCCCAAGCCUUCGGUGGAGGCGCGAGGCAUGGACACACUUCGCUCCAAACUAAACCUUCCCCCAACUUGGCCCACUUGAAUCAUUUUCUCGUUCAAUGAGAUCAGGAGAGAGAUUUUGCCAAGCCUUAAUUUUACGUCUCUGUGGAGGUUGCCUCACUUUGGCCUCAGGCACCCCUGAUACAAGCCGCUAGGGCAGCUUGGAGAGGAGCAGAGGAUGUGAGAGGAUGUGGGGCAGUGGCUCAGGAAGAGGGGGGAGGGAAAGAAGCCCGAGGUCUCCUCUCUCACAGCACCACCCAUGCCUUCUGCUGGUGUCCCCGUCACCACAGCCCCCAAGUUCCCACUGCCUACAAGCUUGGUGCCCCCUGAUCUUAAUCUGUCCUCCUUUCUUCUCCUGACACCAGGAGGGGGUCAAAUCAUCCCCUUAGAGGUCAGGAAGGCAUCUGGGGAACAUCAGGUGGCCCUGGAGUCAGUGAAGGGUAGAAAGGCCUCAGGCCUCCGUGAUCCCCGCAGCACAGGGCAGGCCAGGCCCACCUGGGCCUGAGGACAUAGGGGUCUCCUGCUCCCCUGGGGGGCUCAGGCAGGAGCUCACGGUGGGUGGGCUCUCUGCAGGCAUCCUCCUGCCCUGUGAGAGCUGAGGAUAGUGGGUCUGCUCUUGCCUUUCCUGCCCUCAGCAUCAGACAUCCCCCCCUGGAGUCCUUUCUGAGCACAAGCUCCCGAACAUCUGUCGUCACCUCACAGCUCCCCAAGCCAAGGAGGGGACCUGAAGCCAGGGUCUCCUCUGCAGCCCUGUCCUCUCCUGGUCCAAGUCCUCUGAGUGUCCUCAUAACACAAGAAUAGAGAUGCAGCAGGGUGCCCAGCCUCCCCCAGCUCCUGAUGGACAAAGUGAGGACAGGGCCCUGGAAGACAAGCCCGGCACCCAGGCCACCACUUCUGUCUAGCAUCUCCCUUCUCCGGGCAGCCGACCUGACCCCGGCAGCCUCUAACUAGCCAGAACAACCUUGUUGGCCUCCGUGUUGAUGAGUGUAUUUUGUGGCAUUUAUAGCAGGUUUUAAGUUUAAAAGAAAAAAAAAAAAGAGCCCAUGACACUUCUUUGGUUAAGUGGUUUACCCUUCGUAAUUAGAUGUGGUGAUUAGAAUCUCUUUUCUAUUACAUGGCAAUUUUGCUUUAAAUUUCCCCUAAAAGAGAGAGAGAGAGAGAAGGGGGAGAAAAGGCAAGGCAGGAGGGGAGGCAGCAGGGCCAGGUGAGUCAUUUGCAUUUUGCGAAUGAGGCCUCUUGUAAGCUCAGCUCAGGCGUGGGGCCCAAUGUAUGGAAUGCUUAAGAGAUUACUAAGAAUAAAAUCUAUUAAUUAGUCAUACUCAAUUCCGCAGACAUGAUGUGCAUCAAAAGCUUCUUUUCUUCCUCUUUCGCCUUCCCUUUUCCUGAGGCCUCCCCGAGGAAGGCUCCAUCUUCUGUAAAUUGGCUCCAGCUUCCUGGGCCGCCUCCACAGGAACAUAGUGGUCACAUGGCUGACUUGAGGGCCUUCCCACCCAGAGUGGGGUGCCAGGUCUGGGGGCAGGAGCGGGGACACUGGCCCUUUCUGGCUCCAAGUGACACUGGCAGGGGAGGGACCCCGGCUAGGAAGACGGCCUGGCUGGGGCUGGUGGAGAGGCCAGGCUUCCCCAACUAGAGCCCAGAGCCCAUGGCUGCCUUGGGCCUCAUCUCCUUCCCUCCUCCUCCUUCCCUUAGGGGUCCAGGGAGGCCCACCAGGAGCAGCACUUGAGGAGGGAUCAGGAAGGGUUUCCAGAGAGGCAGAGGGAAAGCAUGUUUUGUAAAUCCACAGCCUCUGUUACCCCUUCUGCAAAGUGGAGGCUGGGCUGAAGCAGGAGUCUGGCUUCAGAGAAGCCAGAAAAGCUGGAAGCUCCAAAGACCAAGUAAGGGCUCCUCCCUUCCACUGAUUCUGGAAGGUGCUCGCUGAUCCACAGCAGGUGAUGGAGGCCCAGGUUGGGAGGGACAGGCCAGGUGAGGAUCCCUGUGGGGUCUGAGGUGGCUGACGGGGCCUGGAGAAGCACCGGGCAGCAUGCCCAGGAUGCACCUGAGCCUCCCUCCUUCACUUUCUUGGAGCCGAGGCAGGAGGAGAGGGCACCUCCCCCAGCCCGCCAGUGGCAGCUCAAGUCCCAACGCCAGCCCUCUCUACUCCAGAAAUCUGCUUCUUGCAGAACACACCAGGGAGGAGGACGGGGCUUCUGAGCCUCAAGCUUAUGAAAAAUACAACAAGGAAAAUUGGAUGCGGCAGACAGGGAGCAACGGGGCUGGGGAGACAACCAGGAGAGAGCUGGGGUGUUUGCUGGAAGAGGGGUCCUGGGGUGCCCAGUGGCCUGCAUCCCCAAGGACAGGACCUUGCUUUCAGGGCCAGGAAGGAGCACAGCCAGCGUCAGCUGUGGGGGACCUGCAUGCUCACGUCCCCUCCCUGAGCUCAGAUCAGUUGCAGGUGAUGGGCGGAGGCCUGGCGCUGGAUCAGUGCCAGGGUGAGUGCUAACAAGCAAUUCACAGCCCUGCACAGGCCUUCCAGAAGGCAGACAGAGGAGGCAUCUUUUUUCUUAAAGAGGCAUAAAAAGGCUCAAAAAUGCAAAUCAUUACCGUUUACAACCAAGCGAGUCUGCUAAAUUGAUUAGAAGAGAUUAAACUCCUUGGAGGUGAAAGGAAAGGGGGAUUUUUUGCAUUUUACAAACCUGCCCCCAGUGGCAGUGUGCAAAGCAGGGAUUUUCCAGCCUGGCUCGAAGGCUGCCCCUGCACAGCCCCCAGGAGGAGCCGGGGGUCUGCGAGGCUGACACCGCACAGGCCAGAGCACUCAGAAACAGGCUGGGCUGGACGGAGCCUGGACUCAAGCACUGUUCUCAGGGAAGGCAGUCCUGCCUCAAUCACGUGCCUUGUGCUCAGACCUUGGGGACAGGGAGGGUUCCAGGGCCCACACAGGUCAUUCAGGAGCUGUCCCAGCCCCCAGCAGGGACUCCCCCACCCCCCCUCCAGAUUCUGUCUCCCUUUAGGGGUGAAGAGCAAGGUGAAGUAGCUGAUCUAGUCACUUAGUAAGACUCUAGAUGUGCUUUUCUGCUUCCUUUCUGUCCCGGGGUAGGUCUGUGAUUCAUUCCCUAUGGCCAGUGAAGGAGAGCAGGACCAACUGGAAAGGGAAAACUGAAGGUCAGGGAAGAGAAACUCAGCCAGCAAAGGAAUCAGACAGUGAGCUCUCUGUCACCAGGAGCAUUCAAGUACUUGAUGGGGAUAUGGCAGAUCUUUUCCACCCUUAGCCAAGGCCUGGUUCUUUGACUAAAAGAUCCUGGUUCCUACCCUUACUGUAUCAUCCCCCAGGACCCUGUAAGGAGCAUAUCAAGAGAUGUUUACUGCGCUGCUCAGAAUGACCAGUAUCCCCUGAAAAUCCUGGGUCAGUGCAGGCACACACAGCUUGUGCCACCAGAGAUGCUGCAAAAUGCCCAUCCUCGGUGUCCAAGAGGCAGCGGGAGGGGAAGCACAGACACGCUCAUUCCAUCCUAGAGUCUGGUCAGAGGGUCCACCACCCACUGUACUGGUCCCAGGCUCCCCCCCCCACCUGCUGCGUGCCCCCGGCUACCCGCCCCCAUGCCCUGCCGCACUCCACACUCAGCGCUGCUGCUGGCUCUAUCCAUCCUUCCCAGCCAGGUUGACGGCUGCCUGGGGCAUUUUUCACUCUGUUUUCAAGCAUUUACCAUUUCUUUUGAAAUGGUCCAAGUACUUGCCUGAAAUACCCACACUUGCUUCUUUAAAAACACUCAGAAAAAGAUCCCCUUGGCUCUUGAGUCCCCUCCCACCUCCCCUCACUCUGCAUUUUAAAUAUAUUGUUUCUCUAGAUUCGGAAGUUCUAUUGUCACUGGGGUCAGGCCAGCUUCUCACCACCAAGUGGGUGUGCAGGUGUGCCCCGAGAGCCCGAAUCUGUGGGGCAAGGCCAGCCCUUUCUUCACGUCACCACCCCUGAAGACACUGUGCGCAGGCCAGACCUUCAGUCUCCCUGCUGGAGACCACUGUCACUGCCCCCUCCCAUGUCUCUCCUAAAAAUGUCCAGCUUGUGCUAGGAGAGCAGUGUGGGCAUGAUGAGGGCACACAGCUGCCUGUGGAGGGCUGACCGGGCCCCCACUUCCUAGCAAAGCUAGCCCCUAAGGCCCCUGUGGCCACCACAGUGCCCUGACCCCUGUCUUUCCCACACUGCCCCCAUCUCCACCUGAAAACCCAAAAGCCGGAGUUUCGGAGAGUCCUUGUGGGAAGGUCCUUGCUGUCACCACCCCUAAAUCUCUUUUAUGGCCAUCAGGGUGAGCAGCCACCCUGGCAAGAUGCCAGGUCCCUGUGCUCCUCUGUGCUGGGUCACACAGAGGAGUUCUAGCUUCUCUUUUCUGAGUCUCCCUUCACUUCUUGUCCUCCUCAUUUGCUGUCUGCCCCCUUGGGCUCGUGCAAAGAGCCUAGGCAGAUAUGUUGGCAAUGGCCUUCCUCCUAUCCUGCACCUGCCUCGCCAGCAGCCAGCCCAGAGAGGGGCUCCUCUCAGUGGCUUUUCCUCCCAGAAGCCUCUCACUCUGCUGUCCUUUGGACCCACUGAUCACCAGCUGUGAGCCUGAGGGGCAAAUCCAGCCAUUGGGCAAGAUCUAACAGCAAGCUUGGGUGACUCAGUUUCCUCUCUCCGAGCUGAGCCUCACGCGGGUAACGAGAAGGGCAGAGAACUGGGUGUCUCAACUUGUCUGACACUCCCAUCCAAAAUCCUUGCUCCCAGAGCCACUCACCUGGAAGAACUAACCAGGCUUUCUCCUCAAGACAGAAAACCAAUGCAACUGGAACCUGACAAUCAAAGCAGAAGCAGACAUGGGGCUGCCACAUGCUCACCUCCCUUGAGCCAGACCAUCUGGGGCACCUGUCACCUGCCCCAUGCAGGGCACAUGUUCAGAGCAUGGCUGGUCCAGUUUUCGAAAGGUUCUGGAUACCCAGGAGGAAGGCACAAACCUCUGAAACUGGCCUUAGGGUUUUUUUUUUGUUGUUUGUUUUUGUUUUACUCAACCCAGCUGAGAAACCCACCCUGGUGUCCAGGGCCACCCACCAGGCUGCAGCAUGGGGGGAUUCUUUGGAUGGAGGGCCCUGGUGCCUUCCAGCUCAUAAAGAGAUGCUGAGAGUGGUGGGGAGGAAGCCAAAUAGCCCAGCAUUGGAGGUUUGUCAUCUGACAGGGAGAGAGAUGGCAGGUUGGGGGAGGCUGUGGGGUUGCGAAUGCAGGUGAGCCAGAGAGAUGGCUCGGGGGCCUGGUUCAGCUACAGGAGUGGACACCUGCUAAUUAUGAAUGUCACCAGGCAGGUGUGAACAGGGAGGUAAAGGAAAAAAGUAAAGAAACCCCACGCAUAAGCACUGCAGAGUGAACAUUUUUUUUUAAGAGCCACGGACAGCAAUUCCCUCUUGGGAUGUUAAAAGGUUGUUUGUAUCUCAUUUGGUAUUGUAAAGAUUUCUGGAGCCACUCAGGCUUCACUCAGUGGGAUCUAUUUCCAGCAGUCUAAGGAGGAGGCAGCCCAGGAGAGAUCCUUGGCGGACCCUGGAGAAUGAAGUGGGGGUCCCUCUGCUGCAGAAGGCAGGGUUCCCAGCCAAACAAUAGCUAGGGGAUGGGGAGGGGAGGCCGGCCCCAUGACCAAGGCCCCUCUGUCUUCCUGGUACCCUGGGCUUCCCCUGAGCCCUGGCCUUCCUCGCCUGCUGAAUCAGCCCUGUGAGGCCACUCGGCCGCCAGUUCCUUGUCUUUUUUUCCUUUUUCUCUGAAAGGUAAAGCAAUCUCUCGGGGGUCUGAGUGAUGGGACGACUCCCACUGCUGCCUGCUGCCAUCUGAAACCCGGGCCUGCCUGCCUCACUCCCCACCUCACCACCAGACAGGGGUUUUCAGAAAACCAAGACACACAAACACCCACCACGACGACAACACAAACCAAAGUGCACUGCGAACCGCCCUUUGGCCUCCUUGUAGGUGCCUUGAAACUUCAAUGUUGAGAUGAAUGUGAUUAACUAUUUGGUCCUUUUUUUCUGUUUGUCUGUUUUCAUAUAAAAUGUCCAAGUCCACUUUCCUUGUCCUUUCUUGAAAUAAAUAGAAAGAUUUAACUUUUACAGUCAUCUUGGCUACUGACUCGGCUUGGGGUCUGGUGUGCCAGGGGCCAGGUGUCUG